UUUCUGUACAGCCCAUUUAAGCGCACCUCUCCCGUCCCGUCUUGUCCUCUCUCUCCCUCUCAUCUCAUCUUCUUGCUGUCAUCUGCUGCUCCUGGAACUCGAAUGUGAGUGGUCUUUGGUUUCUUGCUCCUCUACCCCUCCUCCCCAUCCUGUCUCUGCUGCAUGCAUGUCCAUGUCUUGGAUCCUUUCGCCUUGGUUGCUUUCUUGCUGAGAAAGAGAUUCUCGCUGCACAUUCACGGGCGGGCGGGCGGGCUGUGUCAAUUUUUUGGCUUGCGAGUCGGUCAGUCCCCCACUCUGCAGCUGGACUCGGAGAAAUCCUCCUGGAUUUCGGGUAUCAUCGAAUCAAUCUUCUUGCAUUCCCCCAGGCUUGUUCUGUUGUUCAUUUGGUUCUGGGGUUUUGAUCCUAAGGGAAAAAAAAUCUGUUUCUUUUUUGUGUUUAGUUGCUUGGGAAAGUUUGCGGUCUUUCAGUUCUUGAUUCGUGUUUAGUUCCCCUGACCUUUCUCCUUCCUCUCGCCCUGCAUUAUCCCCAUCGAUUUGAUUUUACAUUUUGUUGCUGAAGGCUUUUCUACCCCUCUUUAGCAACUAUCUGCACUUGCAAAAAAAAAAUUCUCUUCAGAAUUCCAAUGUGAUGCUACCUGAUUCGAUGUUCAAUCCAUCUACUUGUUUUUGGGUGCUUUUGAUUGCAGCGGGUUGUUAGGUUCUUAAUCACAUCCAUCCUAGAUUGAGAGCAUCGGAGAGAGGAAGCGCAGCAGUUGUGGUGGUUGCGCAAUGAUGAGCUUCAAGAACUACGAGGGAUUUGGGAGCCAGCUCGCCGCCGCCGCCGCGAGCCAGGCCGCCGGUGGAGCCCCGCUGCCGCCAUGGUGGGCGCCGCCCCAGCUGCUGUACGGAGAGCCGGCGGGCCAGGUGAGGUCGCCGGCCAUGUUCAUGUCCCCGGAGGGCGCUUGCCGGGACGGCCAGUUCCAGGUUGUGCCAAGAGCCCAGUCUCUGCUAGAUGCCCCGCCGCCGCAGCAGCAGACGAUGACUGAGAGGGGCGUCUCUGAAGGUCUCAAGUUCUCCAUGGCUCAUGGUAGAGGAGGAAAAGGUUCUGAACAUUCUACCACAAUCGCUCUGCAGUCACCAUUCUCAGAAUAUAAUGACCGUUUUGAGUUAGGCCUUGGCCAAACUGUGCUUUCCUCCAAUUAUCCUUACACUGACCAGCAGCACGGCAUACUUUCUCAUUAUGGAAUGAGAUCAACGCCUAAUGGGCGUAUGCUUAUACCACUGAAUAUGCCAGCUGAUGCACCGAUUUAUGUGAAUGCAAAGCAGUAUGAAGCUAUCCUUCGUCGCCGUCGUGCCCGUGCCAAGGCAGAAAAGGAGAAUAGGCUGGUCAAAGCCAGAAAGCCAUAUCUUCACGAGUCGCGCCAUCUCCAUGCAAUGCGUCGUGCAAGAGGCUCUGGUGGACGCUUCCUUAACACAAAGAAAGAUAUCAACGGAAAAGAUGCUGGUGAAGGGGACAAGACGUUGGACAGCAAUCCGCUUAUGCGCCUAGCUGCAUCCCCCAGUUCAGAGAUCCAGCACUCUGAACAGGGCAAUCGGAGCAGCAUCUCUAGCCUGUCCGGCUCGGAGGUGACAAGCCUGUACGAGCAUGAAGAUGUGGAACACUACAACGGUUUUGAGCAGCUCCGGACACACUUCUUCACCCCGCUGCCGAGCAUCAUGGACGGUGAGCAUGGGGCUGGUAACCCCUUCAGGUGGGCAGCAGCCUCUGAUGGCUGCUGCGACCUCCUCAGAGCAUGACUGGAGGAGGGUAACGGACAGCCGAGAUGGCAAGAACCGGCAACAGUCUGCCGCAUUUGUCCAGCUCCGGUUCAGGGAUCGUCCCUACCGUUAACUGGCUGUCCGUGGGCAAUUCAUUCUUGGCUCAUGGCACUGUAGUGCUUUCGCUCAUCGCCUACCUGUCCUUGAAACUUCGUUUCUUUCUCGGAUCCUGUCAUGAGUGGAACACCCCUUUGCCAUAAAAAUUAUCAUCCAAGUUGGUACAACUUGCUACCUUUAUCUGAACUGUUUGGUGGUAGCAGGUUUAAGUUCAUGUCUGAAUAAAUAUAUGAAACUUCACACUAGUUGGAAUGGUUGUGGAAUUGGAGUAUCAGUGGAGUAUUUGGAGUCUGUUAAGUACUGGGACUUGAUUUUGUUUUGUUUGUGAUCUGAUGAUGUAUUGUACAAGUGUGCUCCAAGCUUGUGUAGUAGACCUGGGUUUGUUGUACUCUGUUGUCAGAAAUUUGAGUUAAGUAAUGUAUGGACACUUUGUGCUGUGGUUUGAGAA